AUGUACUACAAAGGAUUCUACCAUAUGUUCUACCAGCACAACCCUUUGGCUCCCGAGUUCAGUAGGAAAAGAAUCAUAUGGGGACACUCUGUUUCACAAGACAUGGUCAACUGGAUCCAACUCGAACCAGCCCUUGUUCCUACUGAGUCAUUUGACAGAAACAGUUGCUGGUCUGGAUCCGCCACGAUCCUCCCUGAUGGCAAACCUGUAAUUUUGUACACUGGACUCGAUGAGCCCAACAGACAUCAGGUUACAGUUCUUGCCGAACCUAAGGAUGUUUCAGACCCUUUGCUCCGUGAGUGGGUAAAGCCAAAGGGAAAUCCUGUGAUGGUUCCGCCAAACGACGUCCCUUUUGACUGUUUCCGUGACCCUACGACCGCGUGGCUAGGGCAAGAUGGGAGAUGGAGAGUUCUCAUAGGAGCUAAGCAGACAGACACUGAAAGAGGAAUGGCGAUUUUGUACCACAGUGAUGAUUUUGUCGAAUGGACAAGGCAUCCGGUUCCUUUACUUGCAUCAGACGUAACCGGAAUGUGGGAAUGCCCUGAUUUUUUCCCUGUUUCCAUCACGGGUCAAGAAGGUGUUGAGACUUCGGUGAACAAUGCUAGCGUGAGGCAUGUCUUGAAGUCGAGCUUCGGAGGCCAUGAUUGCUAUGUCAUUGGUACAUAUUCUUCCGAGACUGACGAAUUCUCCGCGGACUCUGAGUUCACUAACACGACUGCGGAUUUGAGAUUUGAUCAUGGAACGUUUUACGCCUCGAAGGCGUUCUUUGAUAGCGUUAAGAAUCGGAGGAUCAAUUGGGGAUGGGUCAUUGAGACUGAUAGCAAGGAAGAUGAUAUUCAGAAAGGAUGGGCUGGCCUUCUGUCUCUUCCAAGGGAAAUGUGGCUGGACACAAGUGGAAAGAGGCUGAUACAGUGGCCAAUCGAAGAAAUCAACAAUCUCCGGACUAGACAAGUUACCUUGGAUAGCAGGCAACUCCAAGGGGGCUCGAUGCUUGAAAUCUCAGGCAUCACUGCUUCGCAAGCCGAUGUAGAAGUGAGUUUUGAUCUGCCUAUAUGGGAAGAAAAUCCCGUCAUACUGAAUACUGACCAAGUUGAUGAUGCGGUCUUGUUCGACCGUGACAUCUUGGUCGAUUGCGUUUAUGGGCCUUUUGGGCUGCUAGCGUUGGCUAGCAGUGAUUUAUCCGAACAAACCGCAAUCUUUUUCAAAAUUAUUCGUCGAGGAAACGGAUAUUCGGUUAUAAUGGGCAGCGAUGAGAAUAAGUCUUCGUUGAGAGACAACGUAAAGAAAUCUACUCAUGGAACGGUCCUAGACAUUGAUCCAAGCCAGACUAAGAUCUCAUUAAGAUGUUUGAUCGAUCACUCUAUUAUAGAGAGCUAUGGAGCAGGAGGAAGAAAUGUGAUAACCUCUAGGGUUUAUCCCAAAUUGGCAACUGGUGAAGCAGCCAAGCUUUACGUUUUCAAUGAUGGAACAAGGGGUGUGACCAUGUCGUCCCUGGAAGCUUGGAGCAUGCGAAAUGCCGAUGUCAAUACCAACGCAAUUUAA